UGUGCUCGCUCAGUUUGGCGGUCGUUGGGUGCGGCGUACGUCGUCAACGUCAACGCCACAUUUUAGUCAAACACACCUCCCCCAAUUGGGCUUAAUGGCCCAUCCUUUACUCACCCACUUUGUGGCCCACAGAAGCAGGCAGAGAUCAUUGGUCAGCUCGUUGACCGAGCUUCUAAAUGCAGCGGCGAGUCCAUGUGGCCUAUCUACAUCACAUCCUUCUCUUUUCGCCUUUUCCAAGAUUUUGGCUCUCCCCAGUUGCCUAGGUCUUGCUUUAGGAACGUUUGCUUGCUUGAAGGAACCACACAUUCUGUUUUCCUCGAUGUACUACGGUUGUUUGCCCAUGGCACCUGGGGUAACUACAAAUGUGCUGCCUUAUGAUAAUCUGAUGGUCGAGUUAGAUGUCACUAAUGUUCGUCAACUCGAGGACUUUCUUAAUAAUGAAUGCAUGUAUGAUGGUAUAGUCAGAGGAAAAUUGGAUCAGUUGAAAAGAUGCUUCGAGGUUCCAUUUGCUGCUGGUAGGGAUCCAAGGCCAGGAGAACUAGGGGAUAUGUUACACGCAUUGUCAAACUUGUAGUUUCUUUAAUCUAGCUUCUUCUCCCCUUUGGCUCCCAGGAUUUGUAUUUAAAAGGACUCGUACAGAGUGUUAGAAAACCUGACAAUAAUGAUAAUCCUCAUGUUCAGUUCUAUGUGAAGUGUCAUUUUCUUUUUUUUUUUUUGUGAAACUAGAGAUUAUAUUAACACUUAAACAAAGAUUACAAGUAGAGAACUCACUGUCAGAGAGUAAAACUCACUUGUUACACUAAGGGAAACUAAAGCAAUAAAAGGAUAGGUUAAACGGUUUGAAUCAUGGACAAAAACCGGAAGCUUCUUAUAAAGGGCUUCUAAGCUGAGGGAGUUUGUCCCAUAACUGUGAGCAGAGAUCAUGGCGUUUUGACUUACCAAAGUUUUCGCAAUUAGGGGCGAAGCUACAAAAGGAGAUGUCGUUGAGUGAGAUGUGGAUAUUCCUGCAUCAGUGAUGAUCCACUUUUCGAGAACCGGGUGAGAAUCACCUCUUAAAAAGAGGGACUGUUGUGAAAAGGUUCUCUCCUGAAAGGAGGAAGUGGAUGGCGAUCUCUCUCGGCCCUGGCGAUCUUUCUCGGCCCUGGCGAUCUUUCUCGGCCCUGGCGAGAGGACAUUUUCAUAAACUUAUCCUGAAAAGAUAAUUUUAAAGGACAGUGGUGGACAAGUGAAGAUGGCGAUGAAGACCGGGCCAUCAUCACACCGGUGAAGCAACAAAACAGCUUGACAAGACUUGGUGAGAAGGCAUGACAUAUGGCCAACAAAAGACUCUUGAUGCCGAUAUUACCGUAUCGGUACCAGAGAGUAUUAAUGAAACCAGAUUCAAGCAGUUCCUCACUAUACUCUGUCAUAGUAUGAAAGUGAGAGCAAAUACCGGGCUUUGUAGUCGCUGGUUGAUUGAUGAACAUUUUGAAAUCUUUCCAAGACCGAUCAAAAUCACCAAGGGACUUCAGUUGUGCUCCUCUGCUACUCUGCCUUUUGAGUGGGGACUUUGGGAAGAUUCCUUUAGAGCUAGCUACAGAGUAAGGCAGCAUUAAACAAUUCUUGCACUCGGGUGCGAAGGUUCUCUCAUGGCCCCGGCAUGAGGAGGUUUGAUUAGCCUUUUGUUGUAAGGCUAUGGGACUGCAAUCUUCAAGCAAUGGAUGACUCUGAGCUAGAUCUAGAAUGAAGCGGACAUGACUAUUUGGACAUGUCGGAGAACCCCGUUGAUGACGAAACUCGCUUGAUAUUGAUGUGAAAACACCAUCGACUGCAUUAAUAAUAAAGGACAAUCCAACUAUGCCCAAUCCGUAAGUUUCACUUGAUGGCAUUUCCUUCUUCAAGUCCACAGCAUAAUUACAUAGAUGAGAGCACGAGAGCAGUGGAUAUAGCAUGUUUAAGACCUGUUGGAUGUGGCUAGUGAUGGCGAAAGGAGCGAAAUGAGACCUCUCCUGAAAUGAAAUGGACAUUAAAGAGCUUGACUCGUCCACACCAGUUAACAGUAGGAUAGGCUUGACUCCAAUUUCAGAAGGAACCUGUCUUAAUUCCCAGCAAAACCUGAAGUGUCAUUUUCUCAUGAAACAGUUUCUGCCUUGCUUUAAUUUUUGAAACUGUUUAUGUGUAGGUUGAACACAUCAGAAAAUCUUCUAUGUUCAUUUCAAGACAAGUUAAAAUGGGCGGACAAUAUGGGUGAAAUGGAAAAAAACAUCGCAAGGAAGCAGAAGAAGGAGUGGAAGAAGUGAAGAGGUCUCCGUCCAUGAAGGUCUCUAAAUAUAUAAUGUAACUAAUUAGUCUUUAGUUAGACUCAGUAUUAAUAACCCUGAGUUAGAGUCCGAGUAGCUUUUCUGUCUGAUAUUUUCAGAUAAAUAUAAAGUGGGUUUUAUCGAGAGUACAUGCUACGUAUUAUGAAGUUUUAUAAACAAAAACAAUGUGGUAAAUUUUAGACACGUGUUAGAGAAUGGACUAAAAUUUGGUGCACUUAUCCUUGUUACGACUACAGUGAACUGGUUCGUGUAGAAAGAACAAAAAAUUGGAAAAUUCUCGAAGUUAGAUUGGGAAGGGUGGUACUGAGGUAGUUAACACACCAAUACGGACCCGGGUUCGAAUACCCCCUGUGGCCACGGAAUGCUUUACGCCCUCCCCAAGUUUAAAGUUAUCGCGGCGUUGGUGCUGGGUUCUUGGGUAAUGGGUAUUAGUGCCGGCUGGUUCCGGGCCAGGGGGAUUAGAUGGUUGGCAAUCGGAAACCAUGUGCGGAUUACGGGCCUUUGGGCAAACGGAAACCACGUGCGGAUUACGGGUCACCUUUGAACCUCCUGUUAAAAAAAAAAAAAAAAAAAAAAAAAAAAAAAAAAAA